GCGUGACAAUCUGUUUAAAAAGGCUCAUAUUCACGGCUCCAUAAACGGAAAAAUCAAAAUAGACUGAAAAGUGAGCGCUUGACUUUCGGGUCUAAAUAGACUGGAAAUUCAAUUCGCUUCACUUUUGGGUCUAUUAUCGUUUUAGACCAUGAAGUCAACCCGCUUCACUUUUCAGUCUAAAUCGGAAGCAGUGCUCCGCCCCUUUUGCCAGGACUAUAUAACCCCGUCCCUCUGGAGCUCCCCCAUUCUUCAAAUUAUCUUAAGUACAAUCAUGACGUCCCGUUGUGCUAUUUGUAACAAAGAGUACUCACAGCUGAGUCAGCACCUCAAGGUGACUCACGCUGUGAGGAACUUAGAAGAACGACGCCUCCUUCUCGCGCUCGAGUCUGGCAGGGUCAACGUCCGUAAAGGACGUUGCCCUGUCCCUGGGUGCGAGAAGGAGGUCAUGCGGAUGGACCGGCACCUCCAGGGGCACUCCGAGCUAACUGCCAAGGCUCGCCGGCUGGCCUUUGCGAGGUGCAAGAAAGUAAAGAUCGUCGCCCAGCUUGCCGCCCUCAGAGCGACCAACCCGCCGGCUCUCGUCCCUGGAGUUUUUGAAUGACACGGAGAAAAUCCGGAAGUGGGUGACUAGCCUCAGGGCCACCAAGGCGGCGGAGACCACUGUAGGUCAUUAUCUGAAGAAUGUGGCUCAGUUUUUGGAUUAUUUGUCCGAGACCCCACCGUCAUCCUCCCGCCUGUCGUACAAGGCCAUGCUGGCCAUCCGGAGGGAGGUCAGGGGUCUGAUCCGGGGCAUGAGGCGCGGUGUGACGAUGCAUCAGAUUGGGGUGAAGCAGGCCAAGGAGGGGCAGCUGAUCCCCAAGAAGGUGCUUCGAAAGUGCCGCGCCGAGUGCCAAAAACUAAUCCCGGGGAUCCUGGGUAGGUCCAAGUCGCUAGCCCCUUUGCGUUUCGUCCUUUUCGACCGCUCGGUUUUACUGACGUGUGCUUUUGUAUCCACAGAUCAACUGGAGGAGGACUUAAGUCAGAAGACGCAGUUCGUGCUGUACGGACACCUGACGGCCUACUUCGCCUCUAUCUACGGCCACAGACUGGGUGUAUUUCAAAAUAUGACAAUUAAAGAGGUGGAGAAGGCCGUCAAGUCCGAAAGCACGGGCUCCUAUCUGAUCAACAUCUCCCUCCACAAGACAAACCAGGCCUUUGGCCCGGCUCAGCUGAGCUUGAAGAAGGAGGAGUACCACUGGUUCCGGAGGUUCCUGGCGCUGCGGGAACACCUGGUGGGCGGGCCGGAGGCGGUGUAUUUCUUCUACACGUCGACACCCAACCCCUGCAAGAAUUUAAACAAUUACUUCCAGGGAGCUUGGGUGUCGAUGGGACUCCCCGGCAAGCCCACCUUCACAGACAUCCGCACCUCCAUCGCCACCCACGCUAGGAACACUCACAACUCGGACAACCGGCAGAAAGUGGCAAAAUUUCAAAGCAGGCCGUGGAGCAACGCCGGUUGUUCGAGGAGGCGUUGGUGGGGGUGGAGGUGUCGCCGUCCAAGCCGGCCGAGGAGAGGCAGCCGUUGAAGAGGCGGACCAAGUCGAAACACGGCGGGAAGGCGAAACGUGCGAAGAGGGCCGCCUCUCCGUCCGCCUCUCCGCCAGACUCCCCGCCGUCGACGAGCGACUCCGAGGAGGAGGCCGUGC